UCAGUCUGUGAGGUGCACGGUGCCCCGAAGCGGCGGCUCUGUCUUUAGCACACACACAUACAUACACACACAUACACACACAGGCUGUGUCUGAGUGACUGGAUGCUGAGAGAAGGAGAAAGAGAGGAGAGGAGCGUUUAAGAUCAGCGACAGGCAGGGCAGAGCACUGCAGGGCAGGAGACGGCUCUUUUUCUCCCGCAGACAGCAAAGACACCAUUGAGCUUUCCAGCUGAUCCAGACGCGCUCACCUGACACGGGGAACGAGGACGCAGGAAGACCCUUCACUGGAAGGAGUAAUCUGGUAUCUAGUGCCGGUCUACUGGAUUAGAAAAUCUGUGGAAUUGACUCAACUGUCAUUUUUUUGUGGAUAUUAUGUAAAAACAAACAAACAAAAAGCCCCAGUCCAGCUGGCCAGCGGGGCUCCGUUCAACAUUUUGUCCUGGUGGCUUGUCUGUCUUUGAGGGGGGGAAUUGGAAAACCGUUUGCAUACUAAUCAGGUUUUUGGAGGGGAUAUCUACAGCGCACAUCCAGAGCAGCGGACUGGGUCAGAUGAAUGUGUAGCACAACCCAGCCAUGCCGAUAACAAGUAAAGGGUCAAGACGGAGGGCUUGGGUCAGCGGACCUCGUGUGUGUCUCUGGCGGCGGAAGCCACUCUUUCAUUUCUGCAUCCUCCUUGUCCUUCUUCAGUCUACAUCUGUCCUCGGAGCGCUGGAACUGCAGCUGGAUGAAGAGCAGCCUGCGGGGACCAUCGUUGGGGAUAUCAGCGCUGGGUUACCGCCCGGUGAAACUGCCAGUCUUUACUUCAUCUCAGACCAUGAAGGCACGGGCGUUGGCAGCGACCUCAACAUCGACGAAACCACGGGCAUCAUUACCACCGCGCGGCGUCUGGACCGCGAGCAGAGGGAUCACUACAGCUUCAUCGCUGUGACAAUGACGGGAGUCACUAUCGAGGUGUCCAUCACUGUCAACGACAUCAACGACCACGUGCCCGUGUUCCCUAAGAAGAAAGCUGCUCUCAAGAUCCCCGAGCACACGGCAGUGGGGACGAGGUUUUCCCUGGAGCCCGCGACCGAUGCGGACAAGGACCAGCUGACAACCCAAGGCUACGCUAUUAGAGAGGGCAAUGUAGGCCAGGCUUUCAGACUGGAGACCAAGAGAGCUGCUAACAAGGUGCUGUAUCUGGACCUGGUGGUCAAUGGACUGCUGGACAGGGAGAAACGCUCAACGUACUCCCUCGUCCUGGAGGCCUUUGACGGGGGCUCACCUAGAAGGAUGGGAUCCAUGAGCCUGGAGGUGACGGUGACUGACAUCAACGAUCACGCGCCGGUCUUCAAUCAGAGCAGAUACCACGCCAUCAUCUCUGAAAGUCUUCCGCAGGGAAGCAGCAUCCUACAGGUGUUCGCAACAGACGAGGAUGAGGGCGAUAACGGUCUGGUGCUUUAUGAAAUCAACCGGCGUCAGAGUGACCCUGACCGCUAUUUUGUUAUGGAUAUUAAGUCGGGGGUCAUCACUCUGAAUAGACCCCUGGACUAUGAGCUAAAGAGGGUCCAUGAACUGGUGGUCCAGGCCAGGGAUAACGCCAGCCACCCAGAGGUGACCAAUGCGUUCGUGACCAUCCACGUCCGUGACUACAAUGACAACCAGCCCACCAUGACCAUCAUCUUCCUCAGUGAGGACGGCUCUCCGAGAAUCUCCGAAGGAGCCCAACCAGGCCAGUAUGUAGCCCGGAUAUCUGUCACGGACCCAGACUACGGAGAGUACGCCAACGUGAAUGUGUCCCUCGAGGGGGGUGAUGGGAAGUUUGCUCUUACAACCAAGGACAGCAUCAUUUACCUGAUAUAUGUAGACCAAGUUUUGGAUAGAGAGGAGCGGGAUUCGUAUGACCUCAGGGUGAUGGCCACAGACUCCGGCACGCCGCCCCUCAGGGCGGAGUCAUCUUUCACCAUCCAGGUGAUGGAUGUUAAUGACAACCCCCCUCUGUUCGACCAGCAGGCCUACAGACAAACUAUUCCUGAGGUUGUGUAUCCUGGAUCCUUUGUUCUUCAGGUCACUGCCAGGGACAAGGACCAGGGCCCCAAUGGGGACGUCCGAUAUAGCCUCCUCAAAGGCAAAAACUCUCACUCUGAUUGGUUUUCCAUAGACCCGGUCACGGGGAUCAUUACCACCGCGGCCGCUCUGGAUUUCGAAUCAGAGCCAGCUCCUAGUGUGACUGUUGUUGCGACGGAUAACGGCCGCCCGCCGCUGUCAUCCACGGCAAAGGUGGACAUUGUGCUGCAGGAUGUUAACGAUAACACACCUACGUUCUCAAGCAGCUCCUACAAAGCCUCCAUCAAGGAGAACACCCCAGCUGGGACCUGCUUUUUAGAGGUGUCAGCCACAGAUGAGGAUCGGGGCUCCUUUGGUGCCAUAUCCUACACUCUGGGCUCGGGCUCUGGAAGUGUGGUGCCAACACACUUCACCCUAGACAAGGAGACAGGUCAGCUGUGCACCAGCACUGCUCUAGACCGGGAUGAGGGACUGGACAAAUUUGAGUUGACUGUCACUGCAACGGAUGGUGGUGGUCUGAGCUCAGUAGUCCGUGUGCAUGUCUCAGUGGUGGAUAUUAAUGACAACCGGCCCACCUUUUAUCCAGUCCUCUACACAGUCAGUCUCAGUACCCAUAGCGCCCCAGGAACCUCCGUCGUCAAGGUAACAGCCAAUGACCCUGAUGCUGGGGAAAACGGCAGGGUGACCUACCGCACGGUACCUGGAGGAGGCUCCACUUUCUUUACCCUCAACAAGGACACAGGUGUAAUUUCUCUCUCUCGCUCGCUCCAUGGCAAAGCCAACACAGUAAUCUCCAUGGUGAUAUCAGCUGAAGACGGUGGUGGUCUGACGGCGCCAGUCAAUGCCAGGGUGAACGUGAGCGUGGUGGGAGGCUCGGUGGCGUCUCCCGUGUUUGAGCAGGCGCAGUAUUUCUUCACCGUGACCGAGGACGUUCUCAGAGGGACGGCGGUGGGAGUGGUCCGCGCUGCCACCAAGACAGGUGUCUCUAAGGAUAUCUUCUACUCCAUCUCUUCUGGAGACCCUGAUGGCUACUUCACAGUGGACAGUGCCUCCGGUACCAUUCGUACAGCCCUUCCUUUGGACCAUGAGACCUGCACCAGUCUUGACCUGGAAAUCCAGGCACGCUCUGGCUCUCCUCCAGCGUACGGAACCAGCCGGGUACACAUAACCAUUUCGGACGUCAAUGACAAUGCCCCCACCUUCCUCCCCUCCUCGUCAGAGUCCCUUCUUCUACCCGAGAUCACCAAAAUGGGGACUGUUAUCUAUCGCAUUCAGGCCAGCGACAAGGAUUCUGGUCAUAACGGUCAGCUCAGCUUCGACCUGGUCUCUGCUGGGGCAGCAGGCAGCAGUGGCCAGAGGACGUUUGGUGUUGACCGGGGAAGCGGGGAGGUGCGUCUGAUUGGGAGUCUGUCAUACGAAAAUGUCCCUCGCUAUGACCUUCAGGUGGUUGCCAAGGAUGGUGGAGCGCCUCAGCUCAGCUCCACCUUCACCCUUGUGGUCCACAUCCAAGCACAAGACGCACAAGGCCCCAACUUUGACACCCUGACUUACCGAGUGGAGCUACGGGAAAACACACCUCUCAACACACGUUUCCUCCAGGUUCGAGCACUCAACAGAGAGGCUUCUGGGAACGGGGGAAGCUCUUCCUCAUCUUCUUCCUCCUCCUCCAUUUCCUACCGCCUUAGGCCUGAUGGUGACGCUGCCGGGUUUGGCAUCAUGCCAGAUAGUGGGUGGCUGUUUGUUCGUAGCUCUCUGGACCGUGAGGUCAAAGACAUGUAUCUGCUGACGGUCCUGGCCACCUCAGGCCCAGGAGGGGCGGGGAGAACCGGCAGUGCGACUGUCAGGGUGACAGUGACGGAUGAGAAUGACAAUUCUCCCAGACUGAGCCAGGAGAGGGUGUUCCUGGCUGUCAGAGAGAACCUGCUGGCCGGAACAGGCUUUGGCAGGGUGUCUGCGACAGACAGAGAUGCAGGACUAAAUGCUCGACUGACCUACAGGCUGCUGCACACUGACAGACACUUUCAGAUCAACUCCCAAACAGGUGAGAUCAGCACCCGCCUCGCCCUGGACAGAGAGCAGCAGUCCAGUUACCAGCUUGUCGUGGUCGUACAGGAUGGGGGUACACCGCCUCGCAGCGCCACCGGCACCGCUCAUAUCACUGUGCUGGAUGAAAAUGACCACGCCCCCAGCUUCGCUCAUGCCAGGCCAGAAACGGAGCUGCUCCUUCAGGUGAUGGAGGGGCUUCCAUCUGGGACAGUCUUAGGGACAGUGUUGGCCAAAGACCCAGACGAGGGAGAGAAUGGGACCAUAUACUACUCUUUAUCAGGCCCCAGAGCAGAACGCUUCUCCCUCAACCCGACCAGCGGCGAGCUGCGAACCGCCUCCCCUCUGAGGUCGACAGAGCGAGCCGAAUACGUCUUCACUGUGACUGCCGCUGACCACGGCACACCAGGCCUCAGCUCCACCUGCCAGCUGCGUAUACAGGUUCUCAGCUCCUCCAAGUCCAGCCCCAAGCCCAACAUCCUCUCAAUGACCCUGAACACAGUGGAAGGGGUCGACCCGGGCUCCAUCAUUGGCAGCGUCCGCCCGCAUGACAAGCAUGACUCUGCUAUACUGGAAGGCCAGGUGACCUACCUGGUAGUAGGGGGCACGGACCGGGAUGGGACCUUCAUGGUGGACCGUUUAAAGGGUGAUGUAUACCUGGUGCGCGAGCUCGACUUCGAGAAGGGGUCGAGGUACACUCUGCACAUCGAGGUGUCCGACUUCUCCCAGGCGUUUCCCAGCAGCCACCUGGUGCACCUGGAUAUCAACGUGCAGGAUAGCAAUGACCACGCCCCCCAGUUCACAGAAGACCCUGUUACCAUCGUGGUCCCAGAGAACAUGGAGCCAGGGGCUUCCAUAUACACCUUCCAGGCUGUGGAUCAGGACGGCAGUGGACCCAACAGCGAGCUGCGUUACUCCAUCGAGCACCACUGGCCUGACACGCCUGACCUCUUGAUCCUUGACCCCUCCAGCGGAGUCCUGACCCUGGGGCAGAAGUUAGACCGUGAGUCCACACCCUCCCUCUACCUCGUGGUGCGGGCCACGGAUCAGGCAGUGGAUCCCUCUCAGAGGCGCUGGGGUUCGGUCACUGCCCGGGUGUUUGUGACGGACGAAAACGACAACGCUCCGGUCUUCAGCUCUCCGUCUGCGGUCAGUGUCAUGGAGGACCAGCCUGUGGGGUUUGUGAUUUUGUACGUGAUGGCUCGAGAUGCAGAUGAAGGUGAAAAUGGCCGGGUGUCAUACAGAAUCCAGACGGGAAACAGUGCUGGUCGCUUCAGUCUGAACCCCAACACUGGCUCUCUCUCCAUCCUUAAGGCCUUAGACCGCGAAGAACAGGAAGUCUUCAAUCUGACCAUCGUGGCAGAGGAUCAAGGGAUACCACAGCUGUCCACCUCUCAGGUGCUGUGCGUGCAGGUGAUUGAUGUGAACGAUGAAGCUCCGGUGUUCCAGCGAGCAGAGUUUGAGACCCAGGUGCUGGAAAACCGAGGACCAGGAACAACGGUGCUGACAGUGACUGCCACUGACAGGGAUCAAGGUUCUAAUGGCCAAGUGACGUACGGGGGUGUGACAGAGGAAGGCUUCAUCAUCAACCCUGUGACAGGAGCCAUCACCACCACAAAGGAACUGGACAGGGAGCUACAGGACCACUACACUCUCACUGUGUAUGCCAGGGAUGGAGGGCUUCCCCCUAACUUUGCUAAGGCCGUUGUCCGGGUGGAGGUGCAGGAUGUGAACGAUAAUGCUCCAGUCUUUGCGAAGCCAUGGUACGGACUGGAGGUGCCGGAGAACCAGGCCCCCGUAGAGCUUUGCUUUCUCAAGGCUACAGACCCUGAUUCGGGUCCCGGUGGAGAGCUGCAGUACAGGAUUACUGCUGGAGACCAACAUGGAGAUUUCCAGCUCCACGCCAGCACGGGAGCCCUGUCUACCUCACGGAGCCUGGACAGGGAGACGAGGGCGGAAUAUACUCUGGAGGUGGUGGCCACGGACCGAGGCAGCCCCGCUCUCAGCACUACUGUCACAGUGGAAGUCAAAGUGCUGGAUGUCAAUGACAACAACCCUGUCUUCAGCAGAAGCAGCUACUCUGUGGAAGUGUCAGAGGAUGCUGCAGAGGGCACACAAGUGUUGGAGGUGUCAGCCACAGAUGCUGAUGAGGACCUGAACGGGAAGGUCCUGUAUUUCCUUAGCCGAGAGACGCACGGGGCGUUUACUGUGCAUGAGAACACUGGUCGUAUCACCACAGCAGCACCUCUAGACCGGGAAAAAUGGGCGUCGUACAGCUUCCAGGUGUUUGCUGUUGACCUUUCACCUGCUGCACCCAGGAACACUUCUGCUCAGGUGACAGUCACCAUCCUGGAUGUCAACGACAACACUCCCUUCUUCAUCCAGGACCCACUGGUCAUUGAAGUGUCCAGCAGGCGUUCCCAGCGGGUUCUAGCCACAAUGAAGGCGGAGGACAAGGACUUCGGAGCCAACGGUUCCGUGUUUUACCGUUUCGCUAUGCCAGUGAAGGGUUUCAGCAUCAACUCGCUGACUGGGGAGAUCCAGGCCACUGAACCACUGGGAGAUCUGACCCAGGCUCAGAGGACGUUAAUUGUGGAGGCCAUGGACCAAGGGAGCCCAGCUCAGUCUGCACAGGGUGUGGUGGUGAUUUAUGUGAAAGAGGUGGAGUACAAUGGCAUUCGCUUCUCCAGGAAUGCCAGAGACGUCAGCCUACAGGAGAACGCUGCAAAAGGCACCGCUGUGGCUCAGGCUCAGGCUCAACACCCAGAUGGUACACGUAAGGGUAUCAGCUACAGCCUCUUCAGUGGGAACAGAAAGCAGGCGUUCAGCAUCAGCUCCUCAACAGGUGAAAUCUGGGUGCAGAGCUCCAAGGGUCUGGACUUUGAAGACACCCCCAGACUCCGUCUAGUUGUGAAGGCUGAAACCAUGUCCUCCACAUCUUUCAUGGCUUUUAACUUGAUCCUGCAGGAUGUCAAUGACAACCUUCCUCGCUUUCAGCUGCAGAAUUAUGUAGCCUACAUGAGAGAAGCACAGGGAUAUGAAAUGCCUAUCAUACAGGUGGUUGCUGAGGAUGUUGAUCAAGGCCAAAACGGUCAGGUGACCUACUCCAUCCAGUCAUCAGGCAUGAGCGGCCUGUUCAAGAUCGACCCGAUGACAGGAAGCAUCACCACGGCAGCCAUCAUGGACCGGGAGAUAUUUACCCAGACCAAGCUGGUAGUUACAGCAACAGAUAGAGGAAGUCCAAGACUGGCUGGUUCAGCCACACUGACAGUGAUCAUAAUUGACCAGAAUGACAACAGUCCCGUUAUCCCCUUGCCCCAGGAAGUCCGCAUUCCAGAGAAUACGCUGAUUGGCACAGAGAUCACUCUUGUGACGGGUAAUGAUGUCGACUCCAGUCCCGCCCUCUCCUACACCUUACAGCUGGACCCAACGGCCUCAGGCAAGUUCGGGAUCCACCGCUACAGCGGAGGCGUGUCACUCACUGCCCCUCUGGACUUUGAAGAGAAGACGUGGUACACCGUCACAGUCAGAGCCACAGACAGCCAGCACCAAACUGAGGCUAACAUUACAAUAUUGGUGGAGGAUAUUAACGACAAUGCACCCACGUUCACCCAUGAUCUCUACCAGGUAUCUCUGGCGGAGCACACGCCACCAGGAAGUGCAGUUGUCACAGUAACAGCAACUGACAGGGACUCUGGAGACAAUGGAAAGAUCACUUAUAGAGUGAUGUCAUCAACCCAGGACGGUUUCUACAUUGACCCCAAGAACGGAACCCUGUUCAUCAGUCACAGAGCUGAGUUUGACCCUGAGCGUCCAUCAGUCAGUAUUGUUAUCGAAGCUCGUGAUGGAGGCUCGCCCUCACUGUCGUCCCUGACUACGGUCCAGGUUCAAAUCUCUGACGUCAAUGACAACGCUCCUGUGUUCCAUCAAUCUGAGUACAGGGCUACCGUCGCUGAGGACACCAUUCCAGGGUCAACAGUAUUGACGUUUGAGGCCUUUGACAGCGACCUCUCGCGAGAGAACUGCGGCUUCGACUUUGCUAUCGCCAGUGGAAAUGAAGGAAAUGUGUUCCAGAUUGAAAGCAGUGUGCGCUUCCUGGAGGGGCGGGGCUUUCAAACUGUCGGGACUCUGCUGUUGGCCGAGGGUCUUGACUUUGAAACCAAGCCACUUUACAACCUCACUGUGGUAGUUUCGGACCGGGGCGUGCCCCAGAGGAGCUCUAGUGUUGCUGCGGUGAUAAACAUUGGUGAUGUGAAUGAUAACCCUCCAGUGUUCAGCAGAGCAGAAUAUACCGUGUCACUGAGUGAGGGAGCUGCCGCUGGGACUGAGAUCAUACGACUGACUGCUACAGACCCAGACUCAACCCCCAAUGCUGAGGUCCAGUAUACUAUCAGCUCUGGUGAUGAGGUGAACUUAUUUACCAUGGACCAGUGGACCGGAGCCUUGCGCCUUCAGCGAGCACUCGAUCGCGAGCACCAGUCCACACAUAUUGUCAUCAUUCAGGCCACAGAUGGACAGGGACACUUUGCGCUGGCUCCAGUCGUUGUUGAGGUCAAAGACAUUAAUGACAAUCAUCCUUUCUUCCCUGUGGAAGUCCUGACAGCUAGUAUCAGAGAAAACCAACCAGCGAACUCAGCUGUGACUGUUCUCCACGCCAUAGACCACGACACGGGGGUUUUUGGUCAGCUGAAGUACUACAUGGUGGAGCGGUCCAGGGCGGGAAAAGACAGCUUCACUGUGGACCAGAACUCGGGAGAAAUCCGAAGCAAAAUCGCCUUUGACUUUGAGAAGGUCAACUCCUUUAACUUUGUAGCAAUCGCAGUAGAUUCAGGCAACCACUCAGCCACUGUGACUGUGCAGGUGUUUGUCACAGGUGAGGAUGAGUAUGACCCAGUCUUCACAUCCCCUGAUUUCACCUUUGAAGUCCCAGAGGGAGCCAAGAAAGGCCAGAGCAUCGGCCAGGUCCAAGCGAAUGAUGAGGAUGGAGGGGUGGAUGGUAUUGUUCUCUAUUCUCUUCCCACCAGCUCUCCAUUCUUUGAUGUAAACAAAACUACUGGGGUGAUUUUCCUCAAGCUGGACAGCUCAGGCAGCAGUAGUAGCAGUGGGUCGGGCCGGGCCAAAAGGGAAACCAGGCUGAUGACUCUGGAUGUGAAAGCUCAGAGUCCUCUGGAUACAUCUCGCACCUCUACAGCCCAGGUCUCCAUCGAUGUCACAAAUACCAACUUUGGCCUGGCUCCUGAUGUCAACAUCUUGCUGAUAAGCGUCAUUGCCGUGUCCCUCGGUUUCAUUGUAUUGCUUGUGGUCAUGGCUGUGGUGGUGUUCCUAGUCAAGUCACGCAGGAGAAAGAAAGCGCAGGAUGCAAGCAACAGAACUGCUGCCUCGGGAACCGCUCUUCAGAAACUGGACGAUUGCAGCUCAGGACCUGGAGGAGAAAGGAUCUACCACCAGGCCUUGCCAGGCUAUGCUGGAGAUCAGGGUACUGCUGGUGGUGGUCCUUACACCAGAGGAGGCUCUCUGGAUCCCUCUCACUCCAGUGGAAGAGGAUCAGCUGAGGCAGCGGAGGAUGAUGAGAUCAGGAUGAUAAACGAGUACCCCCGCGUCGCCUCCAUCACCUCGUCCAUGCAGGAGCACAUCUCGGCCAGAGGACCGGACUCUGGAAUUCAGCAGGAUGCUGACCAGCUCUCAGAUAUCUCCUGUGAGCCUGCAGCUUUGGAGGGCAGCACCUGGUUCAAAGGAAAGAAACUGGGAGGCAGUCUCAGUGGGACCUUGCUCUCUGGCCAGCUCCCAGUCUAUAGGGAUGAAGGAGGUGGGUACCUGGGAGUUGGCCGCGGCCUCAACAUUUCCCUGCCCAAGGAUUAUGCCUUCCCUGAGGACGGUAAACCUUCAGUGGAUGGUUCCCUCACAGCUAUCGUUGCCAGUGACGAGGAGCUCCGUGGAAGCUAUAACUGGGAUUACCUGCUCAACUGGUGUCCGCAGUUCCAGCCUCUGGCGAAUGUCUUCACAGAGAUUGCCAGGCUGAAAGACGAAACUGCCCAGCAGAGCCAGAACCCUCGCCAACCCUUCCAGCCCAAGCCCAAAAUGGAUCCCAAACCUAGAAUCGAUCCCCCACCACUCAUCACAUCUGUGGCCCACCCAGGGGCCAUGUCAGUUCCACCCAAGGUCCCUGUAAUUGGACGGACAUUCCCCCACUUGGCCUCGCUCCGCAGGUCCCCUAUCAGUCACGAGGGAUCCAUUUCAUCAGCAGCAAUGUCCCCCAGCUUCUCCCCGUCUCUGUCCCCUCUGGCGGCUCGAUCUCCAGCUGUUUCUCCCUUUGGAGUCACCCAAGGGCCCUCAGCAUCCAUGAUCAGCACCAGGGAGCCCUCUCUGGACCAGAGUCCUGAUCAUGAGAUGAGAAUAUGAUGGAAAACUAUUUAAGGAAGAACUUUUAAGACAGACAACCUAAACAAAGCAUGAUAGAGCACUCCUCUGGCAGUUCUUUUUCAUGGAACUUUAGAAAGCAAGUGGAGGUGUCAGUUGUACUGUCAUUCUCGGAAAUCAUUGUUUUCAUCAUGAGAAUGAAGGUUUCACAAACAUCCAGUGUUAAAGAGCCCGACCACAGGAAUUUCUGGGACAGUGGACACACCAACAAAAACAUACUUAACCUUCUUCUGGUAGAAUAUUUGCAUUCUUUGAAGUACUUCCGUUGGUCGGCAGUGUUACAGGAACACACAAAAGUGGAACAUGUGCCUGGGUUGACAGGACCAGCCCACUCUUCCACAGUGACGCAGGUCUCCACGAACUGAUCGGGGUUAACAGGUGAACCGACCUCUUCAUGGGAACGUACAUUCACCAUGCCCUGCAGUCAGAGAUCCCUUAGUGUGUAGAUAGAUAAAUGUGUAGUUUUCAUGUUACCUCGCUGGCUGGCCAGAGAGUUAAGGAUCCCGUUCCUCUCUUUGUGUCUGUGGACAUUUUUACACUCCAGUAUUAAACUCAUGUAGCGGCUGCUUUUAAAAAUGGCCACUGGACAUGUAUGUGAAUCCCAUGGACAGACAGGCGGUGUUUGUGUUCACAAAGACACUGAUUCAUUGAAUUGCCAAUGCAUCACACAGUGGAAGAGCAAUGGAGAUUGUUGUUGUUUUCUCACCAAUUCAGGUGACACUUCUUUUGAUUUUACUUUUAUUUUUAUAUAUUUUUAUAUGAAAUUAUGAUUUCAGAUUUCCAGAAAUGCCAUUAUUCCACACGGAGAGGUUAUUGUUUUUGUGUAUUUGCAUAUAUGUAUAUUUGUAUGUAUGCAGACGACAUUAUGUACUGUAUGUGUCUCCUAGGUUUUUAGAAACUCUUGUGACAGUUCUGUUGUGAGUGAGAGGGAGACCUUCGUGUUUUUAGCAUUAUUUAUAUGAAAAGAAGACUUGCUGCCCCAUUUCAACAGUAGGAAAUUGAGCGCAGCUCACACUACGCUGCGUUGUUACCUUUUUUUUUUUGUCAAAUUGUAGAUCGUUCCAAAUCCAAAACAGCAACUGGAUGAAAACCUGUGAAGCAAUCUAAAUGCCUGCCUCUCCAGCAGUUCAGCACUCUGUUGUUGUGAGCAAUUAUGCACAACAGCACAUCCCUUUUGUUUUUCAGGGACGGCUCAGUUUGCUGAUCACCUCUGUGUCUUUGAAAAAAAAAAAAAAGUGCUUCCUAAAGUCAGUUACAUCAGUCAUUAACUUAAAUGCAUUUUACUGUGAAGUUGUUCAUCUCAGCACAAUGGAAAUAACAUGCAAUGCACAGGCUGGGAUUCUCAUAGAAGGAAAGUGGCAUAACAUUGAGAAUUAUAGCACAUGAGCCAGACAAGUGGGAAGCAGAAGCCUGAACGCAUGAGCCCUGAUGAAUGUACAAGGAUUUAGCAACCGGUGCAGUAUUUAUUUCCAUGUUAACUCUUUGCUCUGUGCGUUUUAUUUCCAUGAUUCACACAUCAAGGUUGUCACUGACAUGAUGAGGUGUUUUCAGGUUCCAUGUGUUUAACUCGUCAUCUGCACCUUCUCUCUUUUCUCUCAUCAUUCAGAUCCAGUUUUAGCAAUCUGCUGGUGCAGCAAGAGGCAAAAGGCUUUAUGAAUGUCUUUUUCAUUCUUCCAUGUGUAUUUUCUGGCCUGUUUGUAAUCUUUUGGGGUAAUUGCAGAUUGGAUGUCCUCUUGUUUCCAAGAGAUGGCUUCUACCGCUGUUCUUUGUUCAACAUAACCCUACAAAUUGCUUCAUGCAAAGCCGGCACUGGUUCAGCGAAGACCUACACAUGCCAUGAGCCUAACUCCAGCACAACAUGUUCUCGCCUCAUAAUCAUGCUGUCUCAGAAACAUUUCUGUAUUGGAGGACCUCCAUUUGGAGUUCAGCCUGAGAUGAAUGCCAGUGACUGAUCAGUGGAGCAAUGGCAGAAAAAAAAGAGCUGUAUGUGUAUUUAAAGCAAAUAAUAAAUUCCUACUGAUCUCUUUUGACAAA